AUGAAGCGCACAUAUAGUCACAAACGAACCCAGCGUCGUGGUCGUGCAGCCACCGAUUCCUCUGAAGGAUCAUCACUUCCAGAAAGCAGCAUUAGACAGCGCAAGCGUCAGAAGAUCGAGGUUGAAGUGGUCGUUCCCGGUCCUUCACCAGGACACGGUAUUAGCGAGGACGUGGACAGUGAUGAGAAGCAAGAAUGCACAGGAAGAUCCUUUCAAGUAAGCAGGGCCACCUCUCAGGUAACGGCGCGAAGAACUCAAUUACCUGCACAUGUACCAUCUUCGGAGGUGCAAGUCACAUAUCUGUCUCGGACGCCUAGUCACUCGCAAGAAUCGUACACAGCUCCAGUUACCCCGUCCCCGAAAUCUCUCACUCGCUCGGAUACACUCCCAGUCGUAUCUGCCGAUCAGGUUGCUCAUUCGCCGUCCCCCAAGAAACCAGCAAGGGACUUAUCGGAAUUGUUUGACUUUUCACUGGCUACCAACAACAAGGCCUCAGCGAAGCGGAAGAAACCCACAAGUAUCGCGAAGCGCAUGCUUGGUCGCUCUCGCACAGAGUCAAGCAUCGGGAGUGCAAGUGCGAGCAGCUCUCUAGAGAAUAUUGGUGCUUUAGCUGCUCCACCAGACCUUGGUCCGGUCAAACUGGCCAAGACUCGAUCCGACGAGAUCAUCGACUUAACCGCUGGCUCUGCGUCCUCGUCGCGCAGUCAUUCAGUCUCUCCCUCGAAAUCUCAGUCCUUGGACGAUAUCUCUUCCCCAAUCGCAGGUGCACGACCCUCAUUGGUCCCUACCAGUAUCCGCACCUAUGCUGGGAAGUCGCGUUCCUUCCUCGUCGCUCUUCCUGCCGCACAGUAUGGUUCUUUAUCUCGCAACAACUCCAACUCUCAGUCUGUUCUAGCAGACGAAGACAAUGUAUACAUCAACAGCCAAGAGGACGACUUCGAGAUUCGAGAAUCGUACACAGAUUUGCGGACACGCUGGGGCGUAGAUGACUCCGAGGAUGAUCCACGGCCUUCUUCACCACUUCACGCGUCUCCGGGAGAUAAAAGCAAACGGAAGGGCAAAGGCAAACAACCCGAUGUUCACGCGGAACCUUUACCAAAUGGGAUGUUGAACGAUCUAAAAAGCAUCACAGAGUUGCGUAGUAAGGGCGAAAGUCGUCGCUUUCUAGACGAAGUCGGGUACCUCUUUGAAGGCUUGGAUGCGAACGGUGCCAUUGGUGUCCGGAGAGCAAGUGCGCUAGAGAUAGUGACCAAACUAUGUGAUGCGGAUUUCGCGCGUAGAGCCAAAGCUGCUGAUUUUCUUGGACGAGCAUGGGAAGUCUUCCGAGAAGCCGGUGCAGGUAAUGGAGACAAGGUUUUGGACACAACCCUCAUCUUCUAUGCUGCUCUGGUAGCACAAGAUUCCCGUGACCUUCAAGAUAUUGCCUCGAAGUCUGACUUCGCGUCAGCGCUGUAUCGUAUGCUGGCCAUUUUAGAACGAGAGAACGACCCCUUGUGGUUGAUCUCUUGCGGCCUUAGCGACGCCGAGCUAAGGAAAGCAGGGAUUUCCAAAGCAGAGAAGACAUCGCUAGCUAUCCUUCACAGCGUAAUUAGGAAAAAGUCCGGGCUUCUUGAGGAAUGGGAUAUCAUCUCGAACCGACUCCUCAUCUCUCACGCGCUGACAGGCUUACCGUCCUCUUCAAAUAUUUCAACCCACUUAUCAUCACUACUGAGAAGUCUCACUACAGAGCUCAAACCAAUACCCUCACGCGUUUCUGCGUUCACCUCUGGUCUUCCUCUCUUUCCCUCGCCUUCAUCCUCGUCAUAUAUGGAUAUACCUUCUUUGGUUCAUGUGGAUCACUGUCUACAGCUUCUUGAUUCUUACCUACUGGGCCGCUGGACGGACAGUGGUGCUGAAAAUUCACACGAUACAAGAAGACUCAAUGCUCAACGUGAAGACGGCUUGGGCGAGAAGCUCAUGGCACUCUGCGUCGCGUGCGACGUGCAAUCUCGAGACGCACAACGUCAAGAACAGCAUCACUUGGUCUACCGAUGUUUGGAAUCUGCAUUUCGCGUGCUGAUCAACCUAACACAUGAUGAUCUUCCGUGGUGUCAAGCCGUCCUUGAUGCAGACUUCGCACUAGUGACGAUUGUCCGUCUUGUAAUUAUGUCUCAACGGCAGCGCGGUCGAGUCUUGGUGAAACGCGAGGAUGAACAGCUAGAUGCGCCGGAUGAUACAGAAGAGACAGCAUCGUCGCUAGAUCGGUUGUGUCUUGCGCUUGGGCUCCUGACAAACCUGGUGCAGGUAUCGCAUGAAGCCAAGGAUGCAACGAGAAAUACCUUGCUCGGUUUCGCCUGUUCCGGCAAACGUGCUUGCAUGUUGAGCUGCAGUUGCGUGUCUCGUGUCAGCGCACUGGAAUGCCUGGUCCUGGUCUACUUGCAACAUUGCAAGUCAGAGCACGAGCUCGAUCCAGUUGUCCGCGGUCAUAUGGCUGUGCUCUUCGGAUUGCUAAUGAAGGAUAACCCAGACAAUCAGCGAGUCGUUCUUCAAUCCUUGCCUGGAUCAUCCGAUAGGAAGAAGCUUAAAUCCCUUGUUGAACAUGCGCGCGAGUUUACGCUGUUCUAUGUGGAAUUCACCAAGAAGGUAUCAGCGGCUGUCUCCCAACCGCAGCUUGACGACGAAGGAGGGGAGCCAGACGCCGAGAGCGGCAUCGUGAGCGGAAUAGACGAGAGCGUCGAGAGGGUGUUGCGGGAUGCCCAUGGAGAGACGGUUGCGCGCGAGGUGAUCUCAUUCCUAGAGGUCCUGGAACAAGAAAAACACUAG